ACUUAUUUUCCCGCCAAAAUCAGAGAAGAGGAAAACGUUUCAACGGUGGAGCCACUGUGGCACCUCCUCCGCGGUAGAUUGCGAUGUACGGACAUCAAGAGAACACCAGGAACUCGAAGAAUCAGCGAUGGACGGUGACGGACGACCUCGCCAAUAUCCUUGCCCUGUAUUUCCCCCAAAUCGACAUCUCUCUGGAGGCUUCCAAGUUUAAACUCCAACUCGCCUCCGAACUCGUCCGAUUCUUCUCUGCUCCAAUCGGCCAGACCAUCGUCUCACAGGUAAAAAAUGAUGAUGGUUUAUGCUUCUUAUCGCUCGACUUCCAGCUGUUAAAAAGCAUUUGUCAGAUUAAAGAACUGUAUGGAGCAAUGGAGGAAAAUCCUAAAGAUGCCCUGUUGUGCUUGAGUGCUGCAGUGCACAAGGUUUUAAUGAUGAAAUGGGACAGCAAUAUGAUGGAGGAAUUUGUAAAGAUAAAUAUCCGUCUCCACAACUAUCCUGAAUCGUUGAUUGCAUUGAAGAACUUAAAAGCUGCUUAUAUUGACAGGCUUGUAUCUGUACAUGGUACUGUUGUAAAAGUUAGCACAGUCAGGCCUCUGGUUAGACAAAUGUGCUUUGUCUGUACAAAGUGUGGAACCAACAUCACUUGCAACUUUCCCGAUGGAAAAUUUUCACCUCCUUCAAUCUGUGUAAUCCAAGGUUGCAGAAGUAGGAGUUUUGAUCCUUUAAGAUGUACUGCUCGACCAAUAGACUUUCAGAAAAUAAGACUUCAGGAACUGCUGAAGAAUGAACAUCACGAAGAAGGAAGGGUGCCUAGGACUGUUGAAUGCGAGUUGACCGAAGACCUUGUAGAUGCAUGUAUCCCUGGGGACGUCGUGACGGUGACUGGUAUUAUCAGGAUGAUCAACAAUUACAUGGAUAUUGGGGGAGGAAAAUCAAAAGGCAAGAAUCAAGGACUAUAUUUUUUGUACCUAGAAGUUGUUUCGAUAAAAAAUUUGAAAUCUCAAUCAUUACCGGAGGAUUUGCAAGAUGCUAAAGUUGAUGCUAGAACAACACAGCUGUCUGAUUUAUUCUCAUUUUCUCCAAGAGAUUUGGAAUUUAUUGUGAAGUUUUCUGAGGAAUACGGUUCAGAUGUCUUUAGGCAAAUACUUCAAUCUAUUUGCCCGUCAAUCUAUGGGCAUGAACUUGUGAAAGCGGGAAUCACAUUAGCAUUGUUUGGAGGGGUGCAGAAGCAUUCGAUGGAUCAGAAUAAGGUGCCUGUCAGAGGUGACAUCCAUGUACUGAUUGUUGGUGAUCCUGGAAUGGGAAAAAGUCAACUACUCCAAGCAGCAGCUUCUAUUUCUCCACGUGGCAUAUAUGUAUGUGGUAAUGCGACAACUAAUGCAGGCCUAACUGUUGCUGUGGUGAAGGAUCCUAUGACAAGUGACUAUGCUUUUGAGGCUGGUGCAAUGGUACUUGCAGAUCGUGGAUUAUGCUGUAUUGAUGAGUUUGACAAAAUGUCAGCAGAACAUCAGGCUCUAUUGGAAGCUAUGGAACAACAGUGUGUCUCUGUUGCAAAGGCAGGACUUGUGGCAAGUUUAUCAGCCCGAACAUCUGUUUUAGCUGCCGCAAACCCUGCUGGGGGUCAUUAUAACCGCGCUAAAACUGUGAAUGAGAACUUGAAGAUGAAUGCUGCUCUCUUGUCAAGAUUUGAUCUAGUUUUUAUAUUACUUGACAAGCCUGAUGAACUACUGGACAAGCGCCUUUCAGAGCACAUUAUGUCACUUCAUACUGGAAAUGGACAAAAUUCACCAGCAGCUAAAAGGCUUUGCAGAGCAUCACAACGUAUCAAAUGCAUCAAUCUUACUUUAAGAAGCCAUUCUCUAGCUGCUAGGUUGAGGCUUGAUCCAAAGGACAGUGAUUUUGUUCCAUUGCCUGGUCCUCUUCUCCGUAAAUACAUUGCUUAUGCAAAGACAUAUAUCUUCCCUAGGAUGACAAGACCAGCUGCUGAAAUCCUGCAGAGGUUUUAUUUGCAAUUAAGAGACCAUAACACAUCUGCUGAUGGUACACCAAUAACAGCAAGGCAAUUAGAAAGUCUAGUAAGGCUGGCAGAAGCUCGAGCUAGGGUGGAUUUAAGAGAUGAAAUAACCGUUCAAGAUGCCAUGGAUGUUGUGGAAAUAAUGAAAGAAUCUUUGUAUGAUAAGUAUGUUGACGAACAUGGCCUUGUGGAUUUUGGGCGAAGUGGUGGAAUGAGCCAACAGAAAGAAGCAAAACGGUUUUUAAGUGCCUUAAACAAGCAAUCAGAGUUACAGCAAAAGGAUUGCUUUACUAUAUCCGAAUUAUACAGCCUGGCAGACAGGAUUGCCUUAAGGGUUCCAGAUAUAGACACUUUUGUGGAAAAUCUAAACAGUGUUGGUUAUUUGCUAAAGAAGGGGCCUAAGACAUAUCAGGUGCUGUCAUCGUCUUAUUCACACAGUCAGUCAUCAAGAGCAAGGGGCUAAAUUGGACCUCAACACAUUGACUCAUGAAACUGAGAUACUGGUACGUUAAUCUGAAUGCCUAGAAUACGCAAGCAUCACUUUGGAAGCAGCUUAAUUUUGGUACACGAGCCUGUUCUUCACAUGUUUAGAGACAGUGAUGUACAGUUAUAAUCUUCAAUGACAUAUCAUGUUUAGCUUUGCUUUC